AUGCUUCCAGGCGGAUCUUCAGGCAUGUCUCGCCCUCAUCCCACCUACCCUUCUGGCCCAUGGGGCGCAGUGAGCGACCAGCAUCAGCACAAGCCUUCGUCGCACCCCUCCCACCCUCACCUCGCACACUCGGCCUACUCGGUCACCGCGGGUCCUUCCACCUACCGCGCCCUCUCCAGCGGCCACAUUGCACCCAUCUCGCCGCCUCAGCACUCGCAUCGCCCCGACGCUUGGGCGCAUCGUCCCUCCGCCGGCCCUUCUCCCUCCUCGCCUCUGCCUCCGACCUACGCUGCGUCCGCUCCUGCCCCCGCCAGCCCCGCAGAGCAGCCCAUCAUUCGCACCACCCACGUCACCGCAGACGGCACCACCAUCUACGCAGCCACCGGCCGAAAGCGCAAGCGUCUUCAAAAGGCGUGUGUCGCCUGCCACAAGGCGAAGCGUCGAUGCGAUGGCGGCCUUCCCUGCUCCAACUGUGACUUUAGCGGUCGCACCUGCUGCUACUCGGAUGCCAACGGCAAGAUGGUCAUCCCCACCGCCCGCGUCGCCAACGAGGCCGCACCCGCCGGCGCCGUCGUGCCAGCUUCGACUCACUCCGGUGCCACGCUCCACCCCUCCGACGGCCGCUCGCCCAGCUACAACGCCACUGCCGCCGCGCCCAGUCCCAGCAGCAGCGACGUCUCGGGCCGCGUUCGUGCCAACACGCUCAGCUCCAAGUCGAGCCCCAUGUCCAUCGGCAACGCUGGCGCGCGGAUGGAAGCCCUCUUCACCAUCGACGACGUGGCUCCCGAGCGCAGGCGAGAGCUCAUCAGCAUCUUCUUCUCCCAGAUGCACCCCUUCAGCUGCGUCAUGGACGAGAUCUCGUUCCUCCGCGACCUCUCCACCUCCGAGGUGCCCGCUUGGCUGCUCAUGGCCAUGUUCGCCCUCGCCGCACGCUUCGAGCAGGGCAUCAGCGAAGCCGAGCGCGAGCGUCGCUUCUCGCACGGCGAGGUCUUCGCCCGCACCGCCCGACGCAUGCUCUCCGAAGAGGACCACGAAGGCUACACUCUACUCGACCGUCCGGACGUCGAGCUCGCGCUCACCCUCUGCUUCCUCGCCGCCCACGAGCUCGGCAUGGGCCGUCUGCAGCGUGCGCUCUCGUACUCCAACGAUGCCGUCCGCAUGAUCGCCGCCCUCCGCCUCGCAGAAGGCCAUCUCCCUUCCGCUCGCAAGGCCAACUAUGGGCGCGAUGCCUUUUCGUCGUCGUCGUCGUCGUGGCCUCGUCGCGCCAUGUGCGAGCGCCUCGUGCUUCUCUCCUGGACCCUCGACAUGACCAUCGCCGCUUUGGCAGGCCAGACCUCGACCGUCCGUCGCGCCGACGUGCUGGCUGCUGUCCGCACCUUUGGCAGCUCGGGCGACGAGACGCGCGACGACGUGACCAAGUCGUUUGCUCGUCUCGCCGAGAUCAUCACCGUCUUUGGCCUCGUCAUCGACUCGAACGAGUCGAGCACGCUGGGCGAGGACGCGUUGCAGUCGUGGGCUGCGGCGCUGGUGGUCGAGCACAAGUUUGACGACUACAACAUGAAGCAGGCCAGCCGUCUGCUCGAGGAGCCCGAGGCGAGUGCUGCUUCGCACCGUGCUUGGUUCUGGGCGCAGAUGCACCUCGUCGCCGAAUGCUCGGUCUUCCUCAUGGAGGCCCGCCGCGCAGGCGCUCCCCAGCCCGACCGCGGCCAGCAGAAGGCGGCGGUGGACAACAUCCACCUCAUCCUCUCGGUGCUCAGCAUCACGGGUCGUCGCAACCUGUUUGCGUUCCCGGCGCUGCUCAUCUGCACCCAGUACAGUCGUCCGAGCCCGGACGCCUCGAGGUGGUGGGCUACCGCGCGCCAGUGCUGGAACAUGGCCGAGCACCAGAUCGGCGAGGCGGCUCGGUUUUUUGUGCGGCCCAGUAACGACGCACCCUCUCCAGGGAGGGCUCGCAGCUCGAGCAACGUCGAGUCUCUGACGCUGCCUAGGCUGUCGAGCUCUUCGGCUGGCGGCGCCUCGGCCCGCUCUCCGGCGCCCUUGCCUUCGAUCGGCAGGCUGCCGCUUCCUUCGCUGCGCCUGUCGCCGCCGCUGUCGGCCUCCUCUGCGCACUCGGAGCAGCACCGCUCCCCCAAGCAGUCGUCCUCGGGCGCCGGUGCUCUGCCUUCCUGGCGCUCUCGUUCGCCGCGAAGCUCGAUCGGCGGCAAGAGCGACGGCGACGCCGCUGAGCAAGACGCCGCGAGCAGCAAUGGUGGCAGCAGCCGCGACUCGUCGUCCAUCUCGCCGCGCUCGGCUCCCAUGGAGCUCGGCGGCGAGGAGUACGUGCCUGUCAUCGCCAACCGCGGCUCGCGCUCGCCGCCGCUCGCAGCGCACGCCUUCACCAAGGACCCCCGCACUUCGUGGUCGCCCAUCACGUCGCUGCGCGGCGAGAAGCGAACCAUCUCGGCCAUCUCGUCCUGA